AUGCCUCGUUUUUCGCUUGAUGAAAAGCAACACCCCGUUGUGUUUGGCGUCUACAAGUUUUUUUCUGGCUCUACAUCGGGAGUUAUCUCCGCAAUCAUCCUGCAACCAAUGGAUGUAAUUAAAACAAAGCAGCAAGGUCUUUUCCACAAAGCGACUCUCCAAAAUAGCAUUGACUUGAAAUCUAUGAAGGAUAUGAGAUGGCAAACCUCGGCAAAAGCAAUCUACAAAGAGCGCGGCAUUCUAGGUUAUUGGGAUGGUCUUGUAUCUCUUUUGAAGCGAUAUUAA